UACCUGAGAAAAGACUACCUGUGAUUUACCGACGGCUACAGAUAACCAGCAAAAUCACCAUGAAGGUCCUGAUCAUCUCUGUGUUACUCUGUGUGGCCUUAACUCUGAGGGAAGCAGCAGGACAGCAGCAGGCUGUGGCAGUGGAACAACUGAGCAUUGUUCCAGUUCUAGAGGGGGCUGAAGAAGAGACAGGGCCACUGAAGCCGCUGGGUGACACUCCAAUGGAGACCGUAGUAGAACUGGUAGAAAAUAAAGUAGAGCUUGCUCUACCCGAAGAAGGGGAAGCUGAGGCUGAUGCUCUUGAGCUGGUCCAAGCACCAGCGAUAAGGUUUUUGCACUGCCCUGACGGUUGGUACCUACAUCAGUCACGCUGUUUCCUCUUUGUGAACUCAUACUUGUCGUGGCACAAUGCAGAGGAACACUGCAACACUCUGCAUGCAAACCUGGCCUCCGUUCAAAACCCCAGGCAGUAUCGCUUCCUGCAGCAGUUAACGACAAUGGCCAACCAGCCCAGCGCGUGGAUUGGUGGAUUCUAUCUCCAGGACAGGUGGCUGUGGAUCGACCGUGUAGGAUUCUACUACGAAAACUGGUACACACACCUUGAUGUGGAACGCAACGCUUGCAUCCAUCUGCGCACCUCAGUGGGCUGGUCAAAUGAUCACUGUGGCACAGGUUUCCCAUUCAUCUGUGUGAAAAUGUCCUGUUAGUCAAGAUUGUGCUUCCUGCCAGUAGCAUGAUUUCAGUAGGAGAAAGCAUUGUUAGUUAGUUGAUGUUAUUUCUAACUGCUUUCAACAUUUAAUUUAUUUUAUUAGUCUUUAUUCAGUCACUCUGGAUGUCUGCCAAAAGGCUAAAUGUGAUGUAGGCCAGAUGCAGUCAUUAGGUAGGUAUCCAUUGACCCAGGUGACGUCAUUACGUCCAGCCGUUUUUACCGACACAAGAUAGUUAAAUGGAAGCGCACCGUAGUAGGCAAUUGACGCAUCUAUUUUCUAUGCGAACUUUCUACAUUUCUACAAAAAAGCACUGGACAAGUUAAUGGAAACAUACAUGAGCUACUGAUAAUUUUUAAGGUUUGCGGCACGUGAUUUUAUGAACUAUAAAGCUCCACUCCACAUUUAAUUCUAAUGUCUACUGCUCACAAAAUCAAUUUAUUCAACAAUAAAAAUCAUGUUUAUUUGCGGGAUAAGGAUUGUAUUGACUUUCAAGAAUGCCUGAGUUGCUUCACAUUGCAAUUUCACCAUCAAAUUGUUUCAGAUCAUCUAGGCCUGCGUGACUGCAAGUUACAUCAUGGCACGGACCGUGGCGAUAAGUAGGCACAUGAGAAUGAUAAGAAUAUGGCAAAUAUUAGUAAAUUCUUGUAUUAGAUGCAUCCUGGCUUUUGCGGUCUACCUGAGAAAUUAAAGAUAGGUGGGCUGGGCUUGCAGGCUGUCGCCACUUUAUUAAUGCACAAUUUGUCUAAUAGGAUAAUAAUUACACUUCAACCACAUUUCUAUUCGACAGGUUUUUGCAGAUCUUUAUUUUCUUUUCUUUGGUGUGACGUCAUUACGUCCAGCUGUUUUUAUCGACACGACAGUUUAAUGGAAACACACCGUGGCAGGCAAUUGUCGCGUCUGUCUAUGUGAUUUUUUGUGUGUCGACAUAAAAAUCACUGGACAAGUUAAUGGAAACAUAGCUAUUGUAAGUUUUUUAUUACCUAUGUAAUUGCUUUCCUGUAAUAAAGAUGUUGUGGAUUUGU